UCAAAUAACCCGGAAGUAGAAAGUCCGCCUGUAAAGCGGAUAUCACCGUCACGCGGGGGUCAGGAGUUCUCUCUCACAGCCAUCUUGGAUAUAACGUCCAGAGUCGCAACCAUGCCCGGUGAAGCCACAGAAACGGUCCCCGUCACUGAGCAGGAGAUGCUGCAGCCACAAGUGGAGACUGCUACACCUCCUGCCCCAGCUUCUUCCCAGCAACCUCAGGCCACUUCUGGCCCUGCUAAGCCCAAAGGCAAAGAUGCCAAGAGUGCUCAGGGUUCCUCUGCCCCAAAGGCUGUCCCUGGCAGAAGAAAACGCUCUUCUAUGUCUGCCUCUUCCUCCUCUCCCACGUCACCAAAAACAACUCCCUCCUCUACCCCCCUGUCACCUGUGACCUCUCCCCUAGCCGCCUCACCUGCUAGUUCCACACCUUAUCAUGCUAAUCGCUCCACUCCAAAAGUUGUCAAGGCUGGAAAGCAAGGAAAACCUAAGAAAGGAGAGGCAUUUGUGCCUGCCUCUCAGGAGUGCAAGGUUACAGCAGCAGAGGCUCCAUUAGCUGAAGCUAAACAUGCCCCGGCCGAGACAAAGAAACCCUCACCUGCUGCUUUUAAAGUUACUUCAAAGCCUGCUGUAGCUGCACCCGUUUCUUUUUCGGAAACUCUUCCCUCAAGCCCUCCUAAACCAUUUGAAGUUAAAGUAGCCUCAUUAAAAACUGUUACUUCAGCUGCUGACGAUGAACUGCCUCCACUUAUCCCUUCUGAAAAGUCAAUUCAAAUGCCUGUAGUUGUACCCCUUGUUGAGAAACGUGCUCCUGUCGAGGCUAAACCUGCCCCAGUUGAGGCUGCUAAGCCAGCCGUCGAGGCUAAACCUGCCCCAGUUGAGGCUGCUAAGCCAGCCGUCGAGGCUAAACCUGCCCCAGUUGAGGUUGCUAAGCCAGCUGUCGAGGCUAAACCUGCCUCAGUUGAGGCUGCUAAGCCAGCCGUCGAGGAUAAACCUGCCCCAGUUGAGGCUGCUAAGCCAGCCGUCAAGGCUAAACCUGCCCCAGUUGAGGCUGCUAAGCCAGCCGUCGAAGCUAAACCUGCCCCAGUUGAGGCUGCUAAGCCAGCCGUCAAGGCUAAACCUGCCCCAGUUGAGGCUGCUAAGCCAGCCGUCGAGGCUAAACCUGCCCCAGUUGAGGCUGCUAAGCCAGCCGUCGAGGCUAAACCUGCCCCAGUUGAGGCUGCUAAGCCAGCCGUCGAGGCUAAACCUGCCCCAGUUAAGGCUGCUAAGCCAGCCGUCGAGGCUAAACCUGCCCCAGUUGAGGCUGCUAAGCCAGCCGUCGAGGCUAAACCUGCCCCAGUUGAGGCUGCUAAGCCAGCCGUCGAGGCCAAACAUGCCCCAGCUGAGGCUGCUAAGUCAGCCGUCGAGGCCAAACAUGCCCCUGUUGAGGUUGUUAAGCCAGCUGCUGAGGUCAAACCUGCCCCAGUUGAGGUUGCUAAGCCGGCUGUUAAGGCCGAACAUGCCCCUGUUGAGAUUGCUAAACCGGCUGUCGAGGCCAAACCUGCCCCCCUUGAGGAUGUUAAGCCGGCUGCCGAGGCCAAACCUAUUACUGAUGAGGUUCCUAAACAAGUCAAGGAAAUUAAAGCUGCUCCUGCUGAGUUUUCAAAACCAGAUGUCAAGCCGGUACCUGUUGAGGUUGUCAAGCCAGUUACAGAACCUAAACCAGCAGUUGCUGAGGUUACCAUGCAAGCUCCUGUUAAGGAUGCUAAACUAGUAACAGAGGUGAAAUUGGUUGAGGUCAAGACUGCACCUGAAGAUGUUGCCACGCCUGCUAAGCCUGCAGCUGAAACUUCAUCUGCUCCCUUAAAACCAGCUCAAGUUGAGCCUGCCGUUCCUGCCCCAGCUCCUCGUAAACUCACAUUUGCAGAGGCACUUGCAAAACCUGUCCCUGUUAAACCUGAAGUUGAGGAAAUAAAUACAAUUUCUGAACCCGUCUCAUCACCCAAACCUGCCCCCACACCUGCUAAAACACCAGCCAAGUUGGAGCCUGAGAUCAAGGAUGACAAGGGAUCUGGCACUGAGUCAGACAGCGAUGACUCAGUCCCUGAUCUGGAGGAACAGGACUCUGCACAGACACAGACACAGCAGGCUCAGCUUGCAGCAGCUGCUGAGAUCGACGAGGAACCUGUCAGCAAAGCCAAACAGAGCCGCAGUGAAAAGAAGGCACGGAAGGCAAUGUCAAAGCUUGGUCUCAGGCAGGUAACAGGGGUCACCAGGGUCACAAUUCGCAAAUCAAAGAACAUCUUGUUUGUCAUCACCAAACCAGACGUCUACAAGAGCCCUGCAUCAGACACAUACAUCGUCUUCGGUGAAGCCAAGAUUGAAGAUCUUUCCCAGCAAGCCCAGCUGGCUGCCGCAGAAAAAUUCAAGGUACAGGGAGAAGCUGUAUCAAACAUCCAAGAAAACACACAGACGCCAACAGUACAGGAGGAAAGCGAAGAAGAAGAGGUUGAUGAAACCGGAGUUGAGGUUAAAGACAUUGAACUCGUCAUGUCGCAAGCCAACGUGUCGCGGGCGAAGGCUGUACGGGCCCUGAAAAACAACAAUAACGACAUUGUCAAUGCUAUUAUGGAAUUGACGAUGUAAUGGGACUGUGUCAACGAGGAGUUGGAGAAAUGUUGCUGAUUUAAUCUAAGCUCGUUUAUACAAUUUAUACCCAAGAUGGAAAUAAAGUUGUGGCUUGAUAAAAUGAAA